UUUAUUGCUGAUCCAAUAGAGGGCAUUACUUUGCCUAUGGCAGAAGACGGAGCAAGUUUGAAAGGUUUUGCGCGGGCGAAGAAAGCAUUGGAAGAAGAGCAGUAUGAGGAAGUUAUACCAGAGUGUACGGAAGAGAUUGAGACUUCCGAAUCGGAAUCACAAUACAAAUCGGAAGCUUUGUUGUUGCGCGGCACUUUUCAUAUGCUCUCGGGUAAUUUCGCUGCAGCGAAACAAGAUUUGGAUGCUGUGAUCAAUAACGCUGAUGCCGAUGUGUCGCUUCGUGCUGCUGCCUUUAUUAAGCGUGCCUCCUUGCAUAUACAGCUAGAGGAGAAAGACUUGGGGCUGGCAGAUUUUGAUGCUGCGUCGAAAUUGCAACCAGAAAAUCCAGAUGUUCAUCAUCAGCGUGCACAAAUCUACAUUUUGAUUGAUCAGCUGCCUGAAGCACUCAAUGAAUUUGAAAAGGUCUUAAAAAUGGCACCAAAUCAUGCAAUGGCUUACAUACAGAAAUGUUACGCCGAAUAUCGUAUGGCAUUGAUGUCCCAAGAUCAGAUAAGACUAAUGAUAGUCAUGAACGAAUUCAAGAAUGCCAUUGAGAAAUUCCCCGACUGUGUUGAAUGUUACAGUCUGAUGGCACAAGUUUUGGGCGACCAGCAGCAAUUCCAACAAGCAGAUCAAUUCUACGAGAAAGCUCUUAAGCUAGCGCCAGAAAAUGCUUCAUUAUAUGUACAUCGUGGCAUAAUGCUACUACAGUGGAAGGGUGAUAUUGAUAAAGCCAUCGAACUCAUGAAUCGAGCAGUAGAAGUGGACAACAAAUGUUUACUAGCAUAUGAGACACUCGGCACAAUUGAAGUGCAACGGGCAAAUCUAAAUCGUGCUGUCGAACUUUUUGAAAAAGCAAUAAAACUGGCAAAGAGCAGAUCAGAAAUGGGUCAUCUAUAUGCUUUGCGAAAUGCCGCAGUUGCUCAAGUGAAUGUUACUCGUAGAUUGGGUAUUGAUAUGUCGACAGUAUCUGCGCUGGCACAAUCGGGUACAAUACCGGUGUCGGUAUAAAAUGUAAGCGUGUGAGAAGAGGAACUUUAAAAGUACUUUGAAGUAGUAUCAAGUUUAAGUAAUUUCGCUGCAAAAUAACCAUUAAUAUAAGAAAUUCCAAUAAGCUAAAGAAGAAGGAACUUGCAGUUAAUAAGCGUGAAUAUAGCAUACAAGCAUUUCACCUCCUUUGGCCCAACCUUACCGAGCAAAGUCUAAUCAGUGCAGUAUAAGAGGUGGAAAUACUCAUAUAAAAAAUUCAUGCAACUAAAUGAAAGAAGAGGUGCUCCUAAGUUUUUUUUUUUUAUUAAACUAUGACGACACUCCCAUAAGCUUGUAUUAUUGUUCUAAGUAAAUGUUUUCUGGGGGGUUAAUGCCUAAUCGAAACUAGAACACAAGCUUUCCCAUUUUGUGUGUUUAUGGAGCGGAAGCGGGUUUGGCGCUUUUUAUUCGGUCACUCAUAGCUAGCUCGCUAUUGCCGUAAUUCACAGUGUAAAAUGAAAUUCACAGCCAAAGUUAUGUCUACCGAAUUGCGAGCAUGGUGGGUUCUAACACAUUUAUAUGUAGGUAGUACAUAUGGUUUAAUAUACACUAUUCAAAUUUAGAUAUUGCGCCACAUAAAUGGAGCACAGAAGCUUGCAAAUUAAACCUGAGUAUGCCUUGUUUAACAAAAGUGUAUUAUGCGAAUAAUCACAAACAUAUUUUAUUACUUAUAAAUAAAAUUUUAGUUAUGUAAUUAUCGCCUUGUUGAUCCAAAGUCAUUACAUUGUUUAAUUUCUGUUGAUUGAAAUUUAUUGUACCCUGGCCAUUUUCUAUACACACAAUAUUAAAUUAGAUCAUAACUAUUUACGCUUACAUUAUUGUUAUUAAUAAAAACGAAAACGUUUAGAGCUAAAAUAUUAGCACUU